AUGGGAAGCAAUCAGACAUGGAUCUCGGAAGUCAUCCUGCUGGGAUUCCAGGUUGACCCAGAACUUGAAGUUUUCCUCUUUGGAUUCUUCUUGCUAUUCUACAGUCUCAUUUUGAUGGGCAAUGGGGUCAUCCUGGUGCUCAUCUGCCUGGACUCCAAGCUGCACACCCCCAUGUACUUCUUCCUCUCCAACCUGGCUGUUGUCGACAUAGCCUAUGCCUCAAGCACUGUCCCUAAGAUGCUGGCAAAUCUUAUAAUGCGGAAGAAAACCAUCUCCUUUGCUCCGUGUAUACUUCAGACUUUUCUGUAUUUGGCAUUUGCCGUCACAGAGUGUACAAGCUUGGUGGUGACGUCCUACGAUUGGUACGUGGCGAUCUGCCACCCUCUGCAUUACACUGUCGUCAUGAACUGGAGAGUGUGCACGGUCCUGGCUGCCACUUGCUGGAUAUUCAGCUUCCUCUUGGCUCUGGUCCAUAUUUCUCUCAUUCUGAAGCUACCCUUUUGUGGACCACAAAAAAUAAACCACUUUUUCUGUCAAAUCAUAUCCAUAUUCAAGUCGGCUUGUGCCGACACAAGCCUCAGCCAAACUGUCCUCUUUGCAGGCUCUGUGUUCGUGUUAGUCGGGCCCUCUGUGGUGUUGGUCUCCUACACAUGCAUCCUGAUUGCCAUCCUGAGGAUCCAGGCAGGUGAGGGCCGCAGAAAGGCCUUCUCCACCUGCUCCUCCCACCUCUGCAUGGUCGGGCUCUUCUUUGGCAGUGCCAUCAUCAUGUACACGGCCCCCAAAUCCAGCCAUUCUCAAGAGCAAAGGAAGAUUCUAUCAUUGUUCUACAGUCUUUUCAACCCUAUGCUGAAUCCCCUGAUCUACAGCUUGAGAAAUGCAGAGGUGAAAGGUGUCUUGAGGAGAUUUCUGGGGAAGAAGAGAUGA